AACAUUCGAGGUAAAGAUAGUGUAACCAGUGGCCCAUGUAUCUGGGUUACAAAACCUAGAGCAAAUACUAAAUCAUACAAAGUGAAGGACCUGGUUAUAAUUACAAAAAAAUUUACAAAACCCUCUCACAAAAAAGGAAAACGUAAACACACUUCUCUUCAGUAUAUUGACAGGGAUGUUCUCGCUUCGACAGACAAGAAUCCAAAAGAUGAGGAAUAUGUCCGUCAAUUCACCAAAAAGGUGUGCCAGUUGAAAACUGAUGCACCUGCAGUUAUCUUGCCCCUAAUCAAAAAACUCCACUACACUUCCGAAGCUCACGCAGAAGUGGACAAUGGGCCUUUUAACAAGGCUAAGACUGGUAUCAUGAAUACCAAAAUACAAGAGAUUGUUGAAGGCCGUCCCAACAUCUCCAGCAAAGAUGUGUUUAGGUUGUUAUCCUUCAGUGAUGUAGAAAGAGAUUAGGUAGAGAGCACCACCUCAAGUCAGUGGCAAUGUGAGGAAUGGUAUAUUCACAAGGCUGGUUUCAUAAUAGCUUCAAAGUGUAAAAGAGUCUUUACCGGGAAAAAGGCCAUU